GGUUGCAAAGGUUGAUCUGAUACGUGUUGGCGAGGAAWAUAAGCUUGUACAGUAAAUUUGAAGCAAAGCAAAAUGACUGAACGAAGAGUAGUCUUGGCUAUUGACGGUAGUGAGCACAGUCACAGAGCUUUUGAAUUUUACUGUGAAAAUUUGUAUCAYGAAAAUGAUCUUCUACUUGUCAUCCAUGCAUUUGAAUUGCCAUCCAUGCCAGCAGCACCCUACCCAUAUGGCUAUGCUUAUUACAAAGAGUGGGAUGACCUUGUCAGGGCUGCAGAUGAUGAAGCCAAGGAAAGACUAGAGAAAGUAGGAAGGCAAUGUCAGGAAAAAAAGUAUAAAUUCAAGUUAUUCAAGGAAAGUGGAAAAGCAGGAGAAGUGAUCUGCAAAUUUGCCAGUGACGAGAAUGCUGAUAUGAUUAUCAUGGGAUCUAGAGGUCUAGGGACAGUUCGUCGUACUUUCUUAGGAAGUGUCAGUGACUAUACCGUCCAUCAUGCCCACAUUCCUGUUGCUGUCAUYCCACCACCCCAUGAGGAAGAAUGCCAGCAAAAAACAGCGUAGAAAUUCUACAGCAUUAUGCAAAUCUUCUCUUUUUGAAUUCUUAUCCUAAAAUAUAUUGAAAUUUUGUAUUACACAAGAGACCUUUUUAAUCAUUACGGCCGCCAUUUUGAAUUUUCUAUACUAGACGAAUUGGGAACUUAAUAGACAGGGCAGUUACAAUAUGAUUCAAUUGUACACAAUCGAGUUUGAUUUUGAU